AUGAGUCUCCAAUCGCAGUCUUCGCCGGAGGCGCAGAAAUAUGACAUUGUUAUCGUCGGCGCUGGUCCUGUUGGGCUGAUGCUCUCAACAUGCCUGGCUAGAUGGGGCUACAAGAUCAAGCACAUCGACAACCGACCCGAGCCGACCCAGACCGGCCGGGCCGACGGCAUCCAACCGCGCUCCCUCGACCUCCUCCGGAACAUGGGCCUCAAGUCGCCUCUCAUGGCCCACAAGCCCGCCCGCGUCUACGAAGUUGCCUUUUGGGACCCGGCCAAGGAGGGUACCGGCAUUGCGAGGACCGGUACCUGGGCAAGCUGCCCGAGCUUCAUCGACGCCCGCUACCCUUUCACCACCCUUCUCCACCAGGGCCACAUCGAGCGCGUCUUCCUCGCUGACCUCGCCAAGCACAACGUCGAAGUCCAGCGGCCUUGGACCAUCAAGGGCUUCACCUCCAACGAGGCCGAGAACCCGGAGUAUCCCGUGGAGGUCCAACUGGAGCACGUGGAUGGGAAGGCGAGCGAGACGCUCCGUGCCAAGUACCUCUUCGGCGGCGAGGGUGCCCGCUCCUUUGUCCGGGAACAACUCAACAUCGGCAUCAAGCACAAGGACCCCAUCGAGCACGUAUGGGGAGUUAUGGACGGCGUCGUCCAGACCGAUUUCCCCGAUAUUCAGAUGAAAUGUACCAUUCACAGCGAACACGGUUCCAUCAUGGUCAUCCCCAGAGAGGACAACAUGGUUCGCCUCUACAUUCAAAUCGCGUCGUCGACCGAUCCCGACUGGCACCCACGCAAGACAGCCACUGCCGAGGAUGUUCAGGCCUCGGCACAGCGCAUCCUCCAGCCCUACACCAUCUCGUGGGAGAGGGUUGAGUGGUACUCCGUCUACCCCAUCGGCCAAGGCCUCGGCGACAGGUACACUCUGGACUGCCGCGUUUUCCUCGGCGGCGAUGCCGUUCACACGCACAGCCCCAAGGCUGGUCAGGGCAUGAACACUGCUUUCCUGGAUGCGCAGAACUUGGCAUGGAAAAUCCAUUUGGUUGAGGCCGGAUUCGCCGAUCGCAGCGUUUUGCAGACGUACGAGCAAGAGCGCAGACAAGUUGCGGAGUCCUUGUUGGACUUCGACAACCGAUAUGCCAAGCUCUUCUCGCAGAGACCAACGGCGGCAUCCGAGGCCGAGGCGGCAUUGAAGAAGAAGGAUACUGGUUCGAGCGAGGGCGAGAACGCGUUCAUCAAGGCCUUCAAGGAGGCUUGCGAGUUUACCAGCGGCUACGGCGUCGCUUACCAGCCCAACGUCCUGAACUGGUCUCCCAGCCACCCAGCUCGAUCGCCCGUCAUCAACCCGACCGGCUCCACCCUGCGCACCGGUCGCCUCCUGAUCAACGCCAACGUCACCAGGGUCGUCGACGCGAACGUGGUCCACCUGGAGCAAGAGGUGCCCAUGAACGGCUCGUUCCGCAUCUUCGUGUUCGCUGGCAAGCCGUCGGUGACGGCCGGUGCUCUCACUGAUUUCGCCAACAAGCUCCAGAGCAAGGACUCGUUCUACAUGGCGUACCAGAGGCCAGACCAGGACCAGGUGUCAUACCACGAGCAACACAACCCGCACAGCCUCUUCUUCACCUUCUGCACCAUUUUCUCCGAGCGGAGGAGUAACAUCGAGAUCAGCCGCCACGUGCCGAGCCUGUUGGCCCGCUACCGGGCGCACAUCUACGCCGAUGACCAGUGGGACCGGCGCAUGCCUGACGCCAAGGCGGCGGCCCAUGCCAAGGCCGGCUUGGAUGAGGAGAAGGGAGGCGUCGUGGUCGUGCGGCCGGACGGCUAUGUGGGUAUGGUUGCCCAGCUGGUCGAGGGCAGCGGGACCGUGGACGCCCUCAACGAGUACUUUGGUGCCUUUACGACGAAGAAGCUUGGCCAGAAGCUGAGGAGGGAUAGGAGGAGGAUUGAGGAUCGACAUACCAGCGUUGAAGUGAAAUACGACCGAGGUUUGUCCAUCCGGGUUCAUGCCAACCACACUGCGAAACACAGGAAAGAAGUAAACAAACCGAGACGCGACACAGAGCCUAUAUCCGUCCCCGAUUUCCCAUUCCUCGCUCUUUUCAACAAUCGCAACAGCUUCAUCGAUCAAGCAAACGUAUUCACUUCACUACACCUCAAUACUUUGACUCUCGAUUUCCAUUUUCCAUUGCUUUGGCUGCCUCAGCCCUUCCAAAUUUCCCGCUUUGUCAAAACCACUGGACCGUUUUCCAGCAACGCCCUCUUCUCUUCCUCUUCAUCUGUGCUACGUGGCACCUACGACGAACUUCUAUCCCGCUGA